AUGUCUGAGACAAGUUCAUUACUCCCUGGGGAGUCCGACGGACUUGGACGUAGGACUCUCCGAGACCGCAUUGUCGAUGCUUUCCGCUCAUCGCCUCAAACCGGUCUUGGGAUUUCGACGAAUUCUAACCAUGACGAUCACACGGGACAUGACAGCCAGGCUUCCACUGGGGCUACGAGCGAACCAGACGUGAGGACUCGGCUUCUGGAAUCGUAUCUUCAAGCUGGUCCUGCGUGCGGCGAAAGACACUGCAGCCACGGUACAUUCUCGCCCCAGAUAGAUGUGGGAAGACAGGCAUUUGUUGGAGAAUCGGGCAAUGGAUGUGGAUAUAACGGGCACGAACUGGCGGACGGCGCAACCGGUCGCCCUAGAGGUGUAGUAGACCACCCGGAGUCGGUCCCAGAUUCAGAGACUCCGUCACAGAUGAAAUCAUCAUUCACUUUUCCAAUAACCGACACGAAUAAGCAAUACAUAUCAUAUUAUAUUCCCUUUUUGAAUUGGAUCCAACAAUACCACUGGUCCUUCCUGCGCGGAGAUCUCAUGGCUGCGUUGACCGUGGCAUCCAUCUACAUCCCGAUGGCCCUUUCUUUGGCUUCCAAUCUUGCCCAUGCACCACCCAUCAGCGGCCUCUACUCCUUCGUCAUCCAUCCUAUGAUCUAUGCCAUCCUAGGAAGCUGCCCUCUUUUGGUAGUUGGGCCGGAAGCCGCAGGCUCCCUGCUAACGGGUGCUAUUGUCAAAGCAAGUGUCAUGCAGGGAAACUCAGGCGAGGACGACCUUACAGAAACCGCCCUUAUUGUAGGAAUCGCUACUGCAAUGUCCGGGGCAAUGAUAUUGAUUGCCGGAUUGACCCGCUUAGGGUUUUUGGACAACGUUCUCAGUCGACCAUUCUUGAGAGGGUUCAUCACUGCUAUCGGCUUUGUGAUUUUUGUAGACCAACUUAUCCCCGAAUUGGGUCUGGCUGAGCAUGCCAAAGAAUCCGGUGUCAGCCAUGGCACCAGUGUUGAAAAACUGAUUUUCAUCAUUCGCUUUACUGUCAUUAUGGUGUUCAGAACUUUGAAAAAGAUGCUGGUACCGCGUAUCCCUCAGGUGAUUUAUUUCCCAGACCGCUUCCUUGUUGUUGCCCUGUCGGCGGUUUUAGCUUGGUACCUCGACUGGGAAUCUAAAGGGCUCGAAAUUCUUGGACCUACAGAGGUUGGAUCUGGAGGGCUAUUCGCUUUCCAUUGGCCUUUCCAGCUUGCGCAUAUGAAACAUGUGCGCACAGCACUGAGCAAAUCGUUUAUUAUCGCCCUACUUGGCUUCUUUGAGUCAUCUGUUGCGGCCAAGGGGCUGGGCGAAGGAAAUUCUAAUGGAAUCAAGGGAAUGUUCAUGAGUGCCAAUCGUGAGAUGGUUGCACUAGGAGUUGCCAACGUCGUCGGAGGUUGCUUCUCUUCUCUGCCUGCAUUUGGUGGAUACGGGCGAAGCAAGCUCAGCUCACAGACAGGAGCACGGUCACCUAUGGCUAGUGUUUUCCUGAGCAUUAUCACAUUCACAUGUGUCAUGGUGCUUUUGCCUUAUCUCUACUACCUCCCGAAAGCAGUCCUGUGUUCCAUGAUCUCCGUUGUAGCUUUUACUCUAGUGGAAGAAUGCCCGCAUGACCUGCUCUUCUUCAUCCGCCUGCGGGGCUGGUCAGAGAUCGUCCUCAUGCUUCUCAUCUUCAUAACAACAAUCUUUUACUCUUUGGAACUGGGCAUGGCGAUGGGUAUGGGCUUGUCAGUGAUAAUCCUCAUCCGACACGCAACGCAUCCCCGAAUCCAAAUUUUGGGCAAGGUCCUCGGCACAACCGCGCGUUUCGACAACGCCGAACUCCACCCGGAAAAUGUGGAGCUAGUCGAAGGCGCGCUAAUCGUCAAGAUUCCCGAGCCCCUAACAUUUGCGAACACAGGCGAUCUCAAAAACCGUCUGCGACGUCUGGAACUCUACGGUUCCAGUCAUGCUCACCCUUCUCUACCGCGCAUGCGCGCACCAGAGCAUAAUAAGAAUAUCAUUUUCGAUGUUCACGGCGUUACGAGUAUAGAUGGGUCUGGUACACAGGUUCUCUCAGAGAUUGUGCACGCGUACGCGGAGGAACACGUCAGAGUGUUCUUCUGCCGUUUGCCGAAUCGAAGCGUGUUCCGCAUGUUUGAGCGAAGUGGUAUUGUUGAGAAGUGCGGCGGAUUGACUCAUUUCGUGCCCAGCGUUGAUGAGGCGCUGCGGUUGGCGGAAUCCGAGAAUCAGACGGAGAUAUAA